GAUUUAUGGCACCUAUCGGUCUUUUGGGUUAUAGUGCUACGCUUUUAAACAAUGCAUCUAUAUUAUAUAUCGGAGGUAGAUUACAUCCAGGAUCCUUUGUUGAUAUUUCCUACCUUUUAAUGGAUAAGACUACAUCUGGGAACAUUCCUUACUCACGUAGUGACCACGGAUCAGUCUUUAUACCUCAGUAUAAUCAGAUUUUAAUAUUUUAUGGAUAUCCUGAUUCUUCAUUUAUUGCACUUGAUACCUUGAAAUUCGUAUGGUCAUCUCCUACAAUUUCAUAUAACGGUG